UUUCUCUGAGGUGCAACUAUGUCUGAUGAUUACAAACCAGUGCCCGCCAAGACAGAAGCAAAGCCCAAAUGCAAGAUUUCAGCCUCGCGCAAGCUGUCGCUGAAGAUCCUUCUGCUGGCUCGUGCAACAGAAGAGCUGGAGGCAGAGAAGGCUGCAAUCGAGGACGACAAGGUCCGCUACCUGGGAGAGAAGCUUCCACCGCUGCAGUUAGGUGGUUUAAACAUCGAUGACCUGCAGGCACUCUGCAAAGAGAUGCAUGACAAGAUUAAUUCGGUGGAUGAGGAGCGGUAUGACUGUGAGCACAAAGUCUUCAAGAACUACAGAGACAUCAAUGAGCUGAAGCUAAAGGUGCAGGACCUUGGCGGGAAGUUUAAGAAACCAGCGCUGAGGAAGGUGAGAGUUUCAGCAGAUGAGAUGAUGGAAGCUUUGUUUGGAUCCAAAAGUAAGGCUUCCUCCAUGGAUCUGAGGGCCAAUCUCAAGUCUGUAAAGAAGGAGGACAUCAAACAAGAGAAGGAGCUGAACAUGGAGGUGGGUGACUGGCGUAAGAACGUGGAGGCCAUGUCUGGUAUGGAGGGCAGGAAGAAGAUGUUUGACGCGUGAUGUUACAGAGUAAGAGGAAACUGAAGAAUUAAACUGAAACUAAGGAAAUCUUAAAAUAAUAAUGAUAAUAAUAGAGUAUAAUAAUUAUGUAUUAAAUACAAUUCAUUUGAAUAAAGUUAAAAGUAACUAAAGAGAAGAUCAAAUACAUCAAAACAUGAGAACUCCCUGGGAGGUUAACCUUUACCAUAGGCAGUUAUAUGAAUUGGUAUUGGCUGUGUUAAAGUGUAAAAAUGUAUGUCUUUGCAGUUUUUUCGUUCCCGCCAUGUAAUUAUUUUUAAAAUAGCCAUGUGAAUAAACAGUAUACUACUGCCUGAUAAUGUUAUGUAUAA